AUGGAAAUUGUGGCAGGGCAGGCCAGUUUGGCAGUUGCCGAACGCCUCAAUGCAAAAGUCAAUGAAGCUGCCGAAGUGGAGGGAAAAGCUAAUCGUGUUCCAUCUGACGCACAAAAUGCUACUCGUGUGCCGGAAGAACAAGAUCAAGAUAGCGGACCAGGAAACAUGACAGACACCCACACAGCAGCAGUAGAGCCUGUCCCAGAACCUGGCUUGUACCGAACAAACCUUGUGAAUCCGCAAUCUCAGCCAGGUGCGUUCCUGGGUGCACCAGGAGGACGGUUGCAACGAAACCCCAACUUAAACUAUGGCCUUCUUGGUGCUCAUAAUUCGGGCACUGAUAGUGGUCCAGGAGAUCUCCGUGUUGGUACGGCAGGACAGAUAUCGACAAACGAAGGUUUGGUACAAGCUAAUGCUGUAGAGGAUGAUACGGCCGAAUUGAUGCAUGCCAAUCCAGUUGAUCUGGAAGCUGCCCAGCACCGCACACUACAGAAGAAACAGCAACAGAGAAAUUUCUUGGCAGCAGUUCUUUGGUUGUUGCUGGUUGUUGCCAUUAUUGUGGGCUUUGUGGUGGGAACCCAAAAGAACAAGGAGCCAAAAGUGGUUGUCCUUGAGUCAACGGAGGCUCCAACAGUUCAUGGCUCCAUGCAACCCUCUGAGGUCCCGUCCAUAGCUCCCACUGGUUCUCUGGACUUGCUGUUGGAUAGACUACCCGAAUAUACUUUGGCCAGCAUCAACAGUGGAAGUGAGACGCCUCAGUGGAAAGCAUGGUGGUGGCUAGCCAAUCACCAAAACAUUACCUUUCUUCCAGAAUGGAGAAAGACACAGCUGUUUGCUCUCGCAACUUUUUUCUAUGCGUUUCAGGGAGAGAACUGGAAUCCAUUGAUAAAGGAUUUUGGAUGGAUGGAUGAUACUGUCGAAGAGUGCGACUGGUUCUCCAGUGGGUUUGGAUAUUUCGCUCUUGGAAAAUACAAUCAAGCACCAUAUCCAAUUUUGUCCUGCAAUGAUAGAGGAGAGUACACCUCUCUUCAUCUUGAACACCUGCGGCUUCAUGGUGCUGGUCUCUCACCAUUUAUUCCACCCGAGAUUACCCUCUUGACUGCAUUGGCCAAGAUUAGAUUGCAAGUUACUGACAUUUCUAUGUCAAUUUCAUCUCUGUUGCCAACAAAACUUCUUCACGAGAUGACUGGAUUGACAACGUUGAACUUGUCAGGAAAUGAGUUCACUGGCAAAAUUCCCUCUGAGAUUUCACUAAUGAGUUCAUUGUCUGGACUUUUCUUGGGAUUAAAUCAGUUGUCAGGCCAAAUUCCCUCUGAGAUUGGACUAUUGACUUCCUUGGCCCGGCUUUCUUUACCAGAGAAUGAGUUGACCGGUCAGUUGCCUUCUGAGCUUGGGCUCCUACGCUCAUUGGAAACCCUUUUCCUAUCUACCGGUACCAAUCAGUUCACCGGUGAACUGCCUUCAGAGCUUGGGCUUCUGACAUUACUGAAAACAGUUUUCCUGACAGCCAGUCUGAUGACCGGCCCAAUUCCUUCUGAGCUUGGGCUUCUGACCUCAUUGGAAGGGCUACUAUUUAGUGAUAAUCAGUUCACUGGUCCGAUUCCAUUUGAGCUCGGGAAGCUAACUUCUUUGACUUCUUUAUCAUUGAAUCAACAUCAGCUCACCGGUCAAAUCCCAUCCGAACUUGGUCUUUUGACCUCAUUGGACUUUCUUUGGCUUGCUGAAAAUAGGUUGUUGGGUCCCAUUCCUUCUGAGCUGGGAAUGCUGACUGCAUUGACUUGGUUAGAGUGCGAUCAGAAUCAGCUCACGGGUCAAGUCCCUUCGGAGCUUGGGCUCAUGGUGUCAUUAUUAUGGAUUGACCUUUCUGAGAGUCGGUUCACAGGUCCACUGCCUUCUGAGCUAGGGCUCCUGACCUCACUGAGUCGGCUUUCCCUAUUUGACAAUCAGUUCACCGGAACAAUCCCGACUGAAAUUGGCAUGAUGACAGCUUUGACAUCCCUUGCUCUUCACAACAACAGCCUGGCAGGAACACUGCCCAGCCAACUGAAUGCAUCUAUAGAAUUGAGGCUGUAUGGGAACCAGUUCUCGGGAACUGUUCCAGACCAUCUGUGUUCUUUGCUGGGGUGCAAUUGUUCCCUAAAUGAAACUCCCCCUGUUUCCACCUGUGCUGGUCUCACAGAAGCUCCGGUUGAGUGGCCUGGGUUGUUUCCAACCAGUGGUGCUGAUGUCAUGCUGAAUAUCCAAACUGAUGAAUAUCCGGAGGAAACAUCAUGGAUUUGGCAGAAGGAAACGAAUGUGACUGGUAUUUGGGACACACUGGAAUCGGGUGGUCCACUGGGCAUUGGAUAUUAUCUUUACUCCUCUCUCUUCCUGGUCAAUUCGGGCACAGCCUACAGAUUGAUUGUGUCAGACAUUUUUGGCGAUGGCAUACCCUCUGGCUGGAUCACUGUGACAGCCACCAACCAAACAGUGUUGUAUUCUUUGGUAGGCGCAGAGGAUUUUUCUGAAAUCACCGUUGACGUUUUGGUCGGAGCAGAUGGAUCUUUUGAUGCGAUCAAUUCUACAGCUCUGUAA